AAUAAAGUGAGCACUGCUGAGCCUAUAAACGUUUAGAAGAUAGGAAAUUAAAAGCCCAGGCUGGAUUACAGAUCAUGAGCAGCAAAAGAGGCCAGAUGGCGUAAAACCAAACAAAAAAAGAAAUAAAAGCGUGCGGACGCUCCUCUUUGAAAAAUUCAAACCCGAGCAUCAUCAGCAUCCUUUGGGAGGACCCCCUGGAGGAAGUGACUGCAGCAGGUCAGUGAUGGGCUCCACUGCGCUGCUCCACAGUCCGGAUUUGCUUCUCAUCUCACUGCUCUGCACUUUCUGCCUGGCCCAUGCAGAUGAUGUACUCACCAAAGAGGAGCAGAUAGCGCUGCUGUUCAAAGCCAAGCGCAAAUGUGAAAGCCUCAUCAAGUCGUGGCAAGGCAAGCUUCCAGAUGGUUACUGCUCACCAGAAUGGGAUGGCAUUGUUUGCUGGCCCGAAGGGGCUUCGGGAAAGCUUGUGUCCACCUCAUGUCCGGAAUACAUCUACGACUUCAACCACAGAGGGCGAGCAUACCGCCGAUGCGACGGCAACGGGACGUGGGAGAUCUCCACAGCCAACAACAAAACGUGGGCCAAUUACAGUGAAUGUGCAAAAUUCCUCUAUCAUUACAACCAGAACCAGGAGAAGGAUGUCUUUCACCGCUUGUACCUCAUCUACACCGUGGGCUACUCCAUCUCGCUGGGAUCGCUCAUAGUGGCUGUGGUCAUCCUGGGAUAUUUCCGACGCCUGCACUGCACCAGGAACUACAUCCACAUGCACCUCUUCGUGUCCUACAUGCUGAGAGCCGUGAGCAUCUUCGUCAAGGAUGUCGUGCUCUACUCGGGAUCCGCCUUGGACGAUGUCCAACGUGUCACGGUGGAAGAACUCAAGUCCAUCACGGAGGCUCCACCGGCCAACAAAGCUCAUUUUAUUGGCUGCAAGGUGGCCGUGACCCUGUUCAUGUACUUCCUGGCGACCAACUACUUCUGGAUCCUGGUGGAGGGUCUGUACCUGCACAGCCUCAUCUUCAUGACCUUCUUCUCGGACCGGAAGUAUCUGUGGGGCUUCACUCUGAUCGGAUGGGGUGUGCCAGCCAUGUUUGUGAGCGUUUGGGCGACAGUGAGGGCCACAUUUGCGGACACAGAGUGCUGGGACUUAAGUGCGGGCAAUUUGAAAUGGAUUUACCAAGUGCCUAUACUUGUAGCUGUGGUGGUCAAUUUUGUCUUAUUUUUAAACAUCAUCAGAGUCUUAGCGACCAAACUGCGGGAGACCAAUGCGGGAAGAUGUGACACGAGACAACAGUACAGAAAACUGCUGAAGUCCACACUGGUGCUAAUGCCGUUGUUUGGCGUGCACUACAUCAUCUUCAACGCCAUGCCCUACACGGACGUGUCCGGCAUCCCCUGGCAGAUCCAGAUGCACUAUGAGAUGCUCUUCAACUCCUUCCAGGGCUUCCUUGUCGCAAUCAUAUACUGCUUUUGCAACGGGGAGGUGCAAGCGGAGAUCAAGAAGUCGUGGAGCCGUCGGACCCUGGCGCUGGACUUCAAGCGGAAGGCGCGCAGCGGCAGCAACACGUACAGCUACGGCCCCAUGGUGUCGCACACCAGCGUCACCAACGUGACCGCCCGGGCGCCGCACGCCCUCCACCUCACCACCCGGCUGGGCCCGGCGCCGGUCAACGGGCAUCGCAACCUGCCCGGUUACAUCAAAAACGGCUCGGUGUCCGAGAGCUCGGCGCCGUCGUCGGGCCACGAGCUCCACUCCGCGCCCGAGGAGCUCGGCGCCGCUCCCGCGCAGCCGUGCGAGGAGGCCGAGGAGGAGAAGCCCUCGCCCGUGGUCGUGGUGGAGGAGGAGCGGGAGACGGUCAUGUGACCCCCACCCCGCCCCCCUUGGAAAGAUGGACCCCCAAAUGUCGUGGCCAAGACACUUUGAGCUGCCACAGAAUGUGCAAGUCUUAAAACAGGCUGACUUUUUUCAUUCAUUUGAUUUCUUUACAUCCACUGCCAUCAUUUUUUUUUGUACAUUCGAUGCUAUUUUUGUUGUUGUUGCCUAAAUAAGACUGUACUUGUCAUGAAACAGCCUUAAGCUCACAGACAGGCGUGGAGAUUUCAAGCCAAGGCACUCAGGUGAUUAGUUUGCUUUUGAUUUUUCAACUUAAAAAAAAACCAAAAAAACAUUUCCCCAUUUAGCAAGACUUUUGUCCAAAACGAACAAUUUUCUGCUCCGUACGACUCAUUUCACGCGAUUUAAAUGAAUGUUUCCAGCGUUAUCCCGUCUUUUGUUUCAAUUUCGCAUCACUGGAAAAACCUCUGAAAAGCGUCUCUGCGUGUCAUGUGUUGCAAAUCGACAAUUUCUGUACAGCUGAACCAGUGCUCUAUAAGCUGCUUUGAUGAUGUUCGUACAAGUCACAAUGUUUACAAAUGUCAUUCUAAUUGCGAGCUAAUAUCGUUGUUGCAAAUCCGUGUUUUUAUUGUGUGUAGGUACAUAUAUAUAUAUAUAUAUAUAUAUAUGUUUGUUUGUUUGUUUUUUGAUAUUUGACAUUGUCUGUGUACAGUAUAUAGUCCAAAACCAAAUAGCAGCAUUGUUUUACUUCCACAUUUCAUAGUUAAACUGAGAUCUUUUUUUUUUUUUUUUAUAUUUACUUUGCAUGUUCUCCCCGAGCUCGUGUGGGGUUUCUCCUCCCACAUUCCAAAAACAUGCAUGCUAGGUUCAUCUAAGACUCAAAUUGUCCAUAGGUGUGAAUGGUUUUGUCUACACGUGCCCUGUGAUUGGCUGUCCGAGGUUUAUACUGCCUCUCGCAAAUGCCAGGUGGAAAAGAUCAACAAGAUAAGCUUGAAAAGGGGCAUUCUGGGCAUUUUCAACCCAAAUUAUCUUGCAAACAUGAUAAAAGGACGUCAAUGAUUAUAACAUUAUAAAAACAAAAAUGAUGACAUGGGACCUUUAAGGGAGGUGAGAACAAGAUGUGAAUCAGCUGACUCAGACUUCAGGAAUUGAACGUAAAGCUGUUCUUAACAGAAUUUAGUGGAAUUUUAUACAAAUAGAAAAAGUAAAGCAAGCUGCAAUUACAGUGGAACCCCUCAUUUUGAAACAUGACCUCCAAUUUCAUCCAGUUUGAAAAUGUUGUUUGAACUCCAAACUUUAAGGGUAUUCGACAUUACAAAAUGUUGUUUUUUUUUUCCAUUGGAAUUUUUUUUGUUAAAUUCCAAAAUGUGUUUAGAGGCAAAUUUUCCCAUAAAGAAUUGGUUGAGCACCAAAAUGUAACACUUUGCGUGUGUUCAAAGUUUGAGGCCUAUUUUUUUUUAUUUACAAAAUGUACGAUAUGUGUUUGAUAUUUGUUUUUUCAGGUGGAUUUAUCCAGAAUAUUUCGAUUGAAUUCAGAAGUAUUUGACUUUAAGGACAUGUGUUUCUCAUAAAUGUUGGUUCCACUCUGAAAUGUAUAACUUAAGAGGAGUAUUCUUCUAUUAGAUUUUGCUUGAGCAGACAACCCUAAAGAUGUUUGCCUUCUUGUAAAUUUGUGCUUGGACCCUGAAAAUGACAUCUUGAAAGAUGUAGCUUUCCUGAAAAAUCUUGAUUGUACGCCAAAAUUUACAACUUCGGGGUGUAUUUUUUUUUCACAUAUUUGGGUUGAACUCUGAAUUUUCCAGCGAUAUGGACAUUGGACUUCAGAGGUGAAUUUUCUCUAAAAUGUUGGUUGAACUCUAAAAUGUACAUUUCUAGAGGCUUUUUUUUUCCCCCCGGAAAAUUUGUGGCCUUUGAACUUUAGAGAUUCCACUGUAGUUGAAAAGUGACAUUAUUUGGUGUACCGCUUACAAUAGUCCUAUUCAAUGUAAUCUAUUCAUGUUUAAAAUACAAUUUCCGACAACAUUUGUAUUUAUUUUUUUUUUACUUUAAGCUAUAAUGUGUUUCAUUUUUACCAUUUGACAAAUUCCUUCAUUUGUAAUUGUCUUCAUCUUGCUGCGAGCAGCUAUUGCGGUUCGGAUGCAAUCUGCCCAAAUCCAAAACUCAACUGUCUAGACAUCUUUAAUUAAAAAGUCACAGCCAUGGGCUUCUGCUCAUCCAAAACAAACAUCUGGAGAAUUAGAUGACAUUUGAGCACUUUAUUUCUAUUAUUAUUAUUAUUAUUAUUAUUAUUAUUAAUAUUGGAAUCAAUAUAAUACAGUCAUCUGCUCUGAUUGUAUCAUGUCAGAUGAUUGUGUUUGGUGGCCAAUAAGCAUCGGGAGCUAAAAUUUUGUGGAAGUAUAAAAAAUGUCUUCUUGUGUUUUGUUUUUUUUGGGGGGGGGGAGCCCGUUGCCAUGGAGACACGAACGAGGCCCAGUGUACAUAAGCGUGUCCAUAAUGUGGCUUGUGAAGAAGACAAUAAAUGUGUUAGUUAACUGUU